AUGACCAGUGAGGAUCUCCUCCCGUCUGGCCUCACAGUCGACUCUGUCGCCUUUGUCUGGCUGUUGUCUGUUGGUGAGGGCUGUCUGCUGACGCUGCCCGACUACAACGUUCACGUCGAGAUCUACCCUGGAGAAAUCGUCUUCGUGCGCCGCGAUGUGAAGUUCAGCACCCAGCGCCACCCAAACAAAGACUUCAACCCAGGCAAUGACUAUGUCGUUGUAGUCGGGACAUGUGACUGCUACUGCCUCAGUGACAUCGAGAGCAAUAAAGAUCCGAAGCUGCCAGACGAAGGUUCGGAAGCUCGUGCCACGGAGGCGAGGGAUGCAUCCAAGGACGUUCGCCUCACGCCUCGCAAGGCCAAAGGCGACCCUGACCCUGAUGAUCUGCUUGAUCAGGGUCAUCUGCCAGACAACGGCGGCAAAGAGGACCAGCUGGAGGAAGAGGACGACGAGGAUGACGCAGAAGAGGCGUAA